CAGGUGGCUGCUGUGGCUCCGACGUCAAGCAGUAUGUGUACGGAGGCUGGGCCUGGGCUUGGUGGUGCAUUACUGACACCCAAAGGAUUUCCCUAGAGAUAAUGACGUUACAGCCCAGGUGUGAGGACGUAGAGACGGCGGAGGGGGUAGCUUUAACUGUCACAGGUGUGGCACAGGUGAAGAUAAUGACCGAGAAGGAGCUUCUGGCUGUGGCCUGUGAGCAGUUCUUGGGGAAGAACGUGCAGGAUGUGAAGAACGUCGUCCUUCAGACACUGGAGGGGCAUCUGCGCUCCAUCCUAGGUACGCUGACAGUAGAGCAGAUCUACCAGGACAGGGAUCAAUUUGCCAAGCUGGUGCGGGAGGUGGCAGCUCCCGACGUGGGUCGCAUGGGUAUUGAGAUCCUGAGCUUCACCAUCAAGGACGUCUAUGAUAAAGUGGAUUACUUGAGCUCCCUGGGAAAGACUCAGACUGCGGCUGUCCAAAGGGAUGCCGACAUCGGGGUGGCAGAAGCCGAGCGAGAUGCUGGCAUUCGGGAGGCAGAGUGCAAGAAAGAAAUGAUGGAUGUCAAGUUCAUGGCAGAUACCAAAAUAGCAGAUUCCAGACGGGCUUUUGAAUUGCAGAAAGCUGCCUUCAGUGAGGAGGUCAACGUUAAGACUGCGGAGGCCCAGCUGGCCUACGAGCUCCAGAGUGCCCGGGAGCAGCAGAAGAUCCGCCAGGAGGAAAUUGAAAUCGAGGUGGUGCAGCGCAAGAAGCAGAUCGAUGUCGAAGAGAAAGAGAUCAUCCGGAUGGAGAAGGAGCUGAUAGCCACUGUGAAGCGGCCGGCCGAGGCCGAAGCCUACCGCAUCCAGCAGAUCGCCGAGGGCGAGAAGGGAGUGAGCCCGGUGAAGCAAGUCCUCAUUGCUCAGGCGGAGGCGGAAAAGAUCCGCAAGAUCGGAGAAGCGGAGGCUUUUGUGAUUGAGGCCAUCGGGAUGGCGGAGGCGGAGAGGAUGAAGCUGAAAGCUGAAGCGCUCCAGCAGUACGGAGAAGCUGCCCAGCUGGCUCUAGUGCUGGAUGCGCUGCCUGAGAUCGCUGCCAAAGUGGCUGCUCCCCUUUCCAAAGUGGACGAGAUCGUUAUUCUCAGCGGAGAGAGCAGCAACACAACGUCCGAGGUGAACCGCCUGCUGGCCGAGAUCCCCGCCUCCGUGCGUGCCAUCACUGGCGUGGAUCUCACAAAGAUUCCCCUGAUCCAGAAAGCCACUGGAGCCCAGGCGUGAGGCUGGCCAACCCAAAGUUAGUGAAGAUCACUCCCUUUUAUGCACUCAGACAUCAACUGCCUUCAACACGUGGGAAUUCCUUUUAUAUCAAAGACAAUUGGAGUUUAAUUUUU